AUGCAACAAGACAAUCUUGUGACCAUCAUGCAACAACAGCAACAGCAACAACAACCGCAACAACAACAACAAUUCAAGUUACAUGGUGGUAUGCCUAACAAUAAUCAUAUUUCGAAUAAUUCUGCAACUCAAUUUCAACUUCAACAACAAUUAGUUCAAGCACUACUACAACAACAACCAUCACUCAGUCCGCAACAAAUUAUUCAAAUCAAACAACAAUUCAUGUUGAAUCAAUCUUUAUCCAAUAGCGGAACAAAUCAAGUUUCGAAUAAGAGUCCAAACUCUCAACCAAUUAAUAUUCAACCCCAAACAAAUAGUUUAAACUCUUCAACUAACAUGAUUCAAACACCAACAUCAAACAUGUCCAGUAGUACUGCUUCUGUUAGCACUCCAACUAACCUUUCUACCAACAAUGUUUCGAAUAAUUCUUCCAAUUCCUCUUCCACUCCAACCAAUCCCUUCACAAAUGACAUAACCAGUUCAUUGAAUACCACUACUGCUACUACCCAUUCAAAUAAUGCCAAAUUACAAGAAUCACUCGACAUGAUCAAACAACAACAUGUACUUUUAAUGCAACGAAGUAAUAAUAAUAAUAACUCGAAUAAUUUCAUCAUGCAACAACCUUCUACCAACACAACCAAUAUUUUACUUUCCAAUCAAUUAAAUCAUCAUAAUUCUAAUAACAAUAAUUCAACAUUGACAAAUGUACUUUCUAAUAACAUGAAUAAUAUAUUCAACAAUAAUUCGAAUACAAUUAAUAGUACAACAACUGCAUCAUCAUCAUUAGUAACUUCUAAGAAUCUUGUAAACUCCUAUCAAGGAAAUGAAGAUAUCAAUAACAUGCUUUUGAAUUCAUUGCACAAUAACACAAAUAUGGUAAUUAACCAACAAGUAUACAUACUAAAAGAGGAAACUAUGCAAGAACUUUUAGAAGAGGGAUUUAAAAGUUUGAAUUUACCUAUUUCUUCAAUACCCUCCUCAAAUAAUUGUACAUUACCUUUUAAUUUUAAUAGUUCUCCAUCAACAACAACAUCACAUCAUAUCGAUCACCAGCAUCAGCAUCAGCAUCACCACCACCAUCGACAACAAGAACAAAUUUUAACAAUUGCUGAACUUGAAGAGAGUUUGAAAAAGUUUACAAAAAGACAAUCACCAACUUUUAACAUGUCUCCACCACAGAGAAGUAGUAACAAUUCAUUAGUUGCAAAUUCUAGAAAGAUGAGUAGUGGUAGUGUCACUGGUGGUGUUGGUGCUGUUGCUGGUCAUGCAUCUGUGGUUGUUGGGUCAUCUGAUUUGACAUCUCUGAAAAGAAAGGCAUCUAUUGAUAUUCAUUCAGAGUUAGAUUGGAUAACAAAGAAACAUAAAUAAAUAACAUAUAAAUAUC